CUAAAAAUAGAAUGAUAAUUGCUUACCUUCAAAAUGGAGAACUUUUCCACAGGAAUAUCGGAAAGUAUGCAGCACGUGUCAGAGUCGAUGUUUCGUGGACUCUCUUUGAUUGUAGGAACCUCACAACAGGUUGCUAUAAGGAGGGAGACCAACGAUAUCGAGGAGAUGGUGAGCAGACAGAUAGGGGUAAAUGGUUUAUCCACGAUGCUGAGUGGCAGUCGAAGAGAAGGAUUUAGGCUCAAAGGAUCAGAUUUUGACGUAAUGGUGUGGCCAAAUGAAAUUCGUGUGGCCACGGAUGUGUCUCAAUCUGUAUAUUACGACGACUCAUUCAAUACAGUAUUAUUGCUGUCUGACAGUUCAGAGAGUCCACCAGGUUUCACUUUGCUUCAGCUAAUGAUACCAACGGAAGCUGCAGACUUAAACAGGGAUUUUCCAUUGUUUGAGAAAAUGCAUGGUAAUUUUUACAUUUCUUGUUCUUUUUAUAAAAAGUGGCUGAGAGAAGUGAGUUCAUCAACUCCUCACAUUCUAACAGAACAUGGUCCUUGCGGUAAUGCAAUUAUAUAUGGAACCGAAUGGGAUUUGGCACCAUGUUUUGUUUGCGAUUUUUGGCCUCCCUCUGCCUCGUCCUGGAUAGAGAGAUGUCAUUCAUGGCCUGAUCCUGAAAUUGUUGAUGACAUUGUCAGAGGUGGAUGUCACUUUGUAGCAAUCGGACAUCCGCUUGGACAACACGAACAUUUAGAAUGGAGAAUCUCCUUUUCUCAGGCAGAACAGAAAUGUGUGUAUGCAAUGAACCACUCUCAGUUUUUGACUUAUGGAUUGUUAAAACUCUUUUUGAAAGAAGUUAUCAAUCAGCAACAUCAAGAAACUAAUGAACUGUUGUGUUCCUAUCACAUGAAGACAGCAGUUUUGUGGGCGAUUCAACAAAACACACUAACCCACUGGUGUCCACAAAAUCUCCUAGUUGGUUUUUGGACUUGCUUUAAACUACUAAUUAAAUGGGUGUAUGAGGGGUUCUGUCCUAACUUUUUUAUUCCAAAAAACAACCUGUUUCUGUCAAAAAUUUACGGGUCAUCACAAAAAAGUUUGUUUCUACAGAUGCAUGAAUUGUACAGAAAAGGAUUCGGCUGUCUUUUACAGUGUUCCUCUAUCAGUUCUUGCAUUAUUGAUGUCAUGUACAAUCCUAGACUUUCAAUUUUGAUAGACGAGAAUGUGAUGUGCUGUGAAGCUGAUUAUGAUAAGGAACUUUUAAAUGCGAUAAAUCUUUUAAAUAUUUCCAUGGAAAAACUUCCAAGAGCCCUUUGGAUUGUGGAGCAGUUGAUAGGUUCACAUUUGACACAGUAUCAGGUAGACCAUUUACAGAGACUGUCAGUCAUUUUUCUUCAAAACACAGCUGCCACUGUAUUACAUGCAAUAAAUAGUAAAUCUUGCGUUAAAAACAAACAGAUGUAUAUUGCUGAUAAAAUAUCCUUUCAACUGUUAAAAUUAUCAGUUAAGUUUGGAUGUGUUUCUGACAUGUUGUACAUUGCCAUGUUUUACUACAAAACAUACAGAUACAGGAAAGCUUUAUCGGUUUUAGAGAAGACAAAGGCUAAGUUAGCACGUCCAUAUUUGAUGUAUGGGGAACACGUAGACAGGGAGUUGUAUCUUGAGGCUGUAGGGGGAAAGUCCUGGGCAACAAAGAAGAGAGAAGCUGUUGCAUAUGAUCUAAUAAUUUACAGCAGAAUAAAUUACAUAGAUGAACUUGUACCAUUACAGGAGUUCGCUCGACAAAGUUCCAUUGUUUUUUUUGAUAUUCCAUUGUUUGUGUUCUUACACUUCCUUGAGUUUUUGAGUUACAGGCACAUUGAUGGAGCACUAUCACAGGCUGCUCUAAACGAACUUCAAGUCCUAGUUCAGUAUGGCCAUGAUCCGUAUGUACCUAACACACACAGAGACAUCUCCUUGUAUACGUAUAUCCUCGGAAUCUGUCAACAGAUGGCUGGUCAACACUAGGUGCCCGCUCCAAUCGACAUUGAUUCAUCACUACAACAACACCAAUAACCGUAUAUGUUAAACGAUAUUGGAUAUAGCUAAGAAAUAUGUUAACAGCAAUCAGUAUUUGAGAAAAAGAAUUACUGCACAAAUAAAGAGUUUGAGAAAAGUAAGACUACUUUUCUUUGUCAUUGUAUAUACAUAAUUGUUGUGUAAUUUGUCUUUAUACUCGUAAUUACCAAUUAGAAUUUUUGUUAAAAAGUAUGAAAUCAUUUUACAUUUAAUAUUAUCAUCAUUUUUAGUAACUGUUGAGGACAGCUUUUUCUGUAGAAAUACCUGUAUUUGUUAUUCUUCUUCUUUUAUCAUUCUUUUAUCGUAAAGAUGUCUAAGUAUUGCAUUUCAAUGUAGU